AGAAGGUCUUUUCCAAUGUUUGUAGGGGUCAAGAACAAAUGUGGUUGGGGCCAAUAACAACUCCCUUAUUUUGGGCUUAGAGCAGAAAAUCUUGGCCCAAUUCACAUGAUUUGUUGUUUAGCCCGUGAAAGCAUGUGUUGAACUAUGUGUAAUCAUUUUGUUUCAUUAUUUCAAUGAAGCUCAUUAACUGUCGCUUGCGGCUUGCUACAACCGUUGUUAAACCUUUGAACAUAGUUAACGUUACGUAUGAGAUAAUGAUAAUCAUGACAAUAUCAAACAUUUCUUGUUAACGUUGAUUAACAUAUUUUCAAAUUCACUACUUCGUGGUUUUAUGCUAGCCAAUAAAACGGGUGACACAGUGCAAUGUUUACAUUUCUUCAAUUUCCAACUGCCCAAGGCAGUAUCCUAGUUUUGAUUUCCUUAGGGUUUUAGCUUGUCCACGUUUCAAAUUUUUAAGUUACCAACUUUUUUUUUUUUUUAGCUUUACCAACCUUUUUCAUUAUGUUAAAGUGUAAUAUGAAACAAAAUAAUAGCAUUACUUGAAAGACAUUAUCUUCCCAUAAUCUAUUAUUAUGCUGGCAAUCAUGAAUAAUUAUAUUUGAAUGAUUUUUCCUCGUAGAAGUACUACCAGGAGGAAAAAUUCAACUAGUGCUAGAUUAUGCACGUAAAUGGAUGAUGUUAUGAGUCCAAAUCAAAGAGUUCUAUUCUCUUAAGUUUCAUUUGAUAAUAUGAGUACUAGUGUUGUCCCCUAACCCACUGCACGGACAAAUUAGGCCACAAAGUCCACGAUUUUUACGUAAUCCUUGCAUGGCUCUAGUGUCAUGUUAUGCUUCAGGAGUCAUCCCCUGUCUACUCGUUAAACUUUAGUGUGGAGUCCUUAUACUUUACCAGAAGCAAUUUCACCUAUAUAUUCAUGCAUGCCACUCUUUUAUUUCACAUAACCUUACAGAAUUGCACAAGCAGAGAGAAAGUUUGUUGCAGCUCUAUCUUUUUAACUCUUUCUUUGUUGACAAUGGAGAAUGAUAGCAGCUUACGAGUAAGUUCUUCGAUUAGGAGAGAUGCAAGUGACAUUUUUUCUCCGUCCUCAUUUGAAGAGGACGAUGAAGAAGCUCUAAAAUGGGCUGCACUUGACAAGCUCCCUACUUACAAUCGUUUAAAGAAAGGCUUGUUAAUCACAUCCAAUGGUGAGGUGAAUGAAAUUGACGUCACGGAUAUGGGAACACAGAGAAGAAAGGAAGUGUUGGAGAGGUUGGUAAGAGAUGCUGAAGAAGACAAUGAAAAAUUUCUGUUGAAGCUGAGGGAAAGAAUUGAUAGAGUUGGGGUUAGCAUUCCAACAAUUGAAGCCAGGUUUGAGCAUCUGAAUGUUGAGGCAGAAGCUUAUGUUGGCAGCAGAGCCUUACCCACAUUUUUCAACUUCAUUGUUAAUACGGUAGAGAGUUAUUUGAAUUAUCUACAUAUUCUUUCAAGCAAAAAGAAGCAUGUGACCAUUCUUAAAGAUGUUAGUGGAAUUGUAAAACCUUGUAGGAUGACAUUGCUUUUGGGUCCUCCAAGUUCUGGAAAAACCACACUCCUUUUGGCUCUGGCAGGAAAGCUUGAUCCAGAUCUUAAGGUUUCUGGGAGAGUGACAUAUAACGGGCAUGGAAUGAAUGAAUUUGUACCCCAGAGAACUGCUGCCUAUAUUAGCCAGGAUGAUGUUCAUAUUGGAGAAAUGACUGUAAGGGAAACCUUGGCUUUCUCUGCAAGGUGCCAAGGGGUUGGAUCACGUUAUGACAUGCUAUCUGAACUGUCAAGAAGAGAGAUAGUGACGGAUAUUAAGCCUGACCCUAAUAUUGAUAUCUACAUGAAGGCAAUAGCAUCUGAAGGCCAGGAAGCAAACCAGAUGAUGACAGAAUAUGUACUUAAGAUCUUGGGGCUGGAAAUGUGUGCUGAUAUUGUGGUAGGGGAUGAAAUGUUGCGUGGUAUAUCUGGGGGACAAAGGAAGCGUGUUACCACAGGGGAGAUGUUGGUUGGUCCAACAAAUGCACUAUUCAUGGAUGAAAUAUCUUCUGGCUUGGACAGCUCUUCAACUGUUCAAAUUAUCAAGUGUCUCAGACAAAUGGUUCACAUUCUUGAUGGAACAGCGGUUAUCUCACUAUUGCAACCAGAGCCAGAGACGUAUGAACUUUUUGAUGACAUUAUCCUCCUCUCUGAUGGCCAAAUAGUAUACCAAGGACCUCGUGAAUUCGUCCUUGAAUUUUUUGAAUCUAAGGGUUUCAGAUGUCCUGAGAGGAAAGCUGUCGCUGACUUCCUUCAAGAAGUGACUUCAAGGAAGGAUCAACAACAGUACUGGAUACACAAAGAUGAGCCAUACAGUUUUGUUUCAGUUAACGAAUUUGCCGAGGCAUUUCGAUGCUUCCAUGUUGGUAGGAAGCUUGGAGACGAACUAGCAGUUCCAUUUGAUAAGACAAAGAACCACCCAGCUGCAUUAACUACUAAGAAGUACGGGGUAAACAAGAAGGAGCUUCUGAAAGCUAACUUCUCAAGGGAGUAUUUGCUAAUGAAGAGGAAUGCAUUUGUUUACAUCUUCAAGCUGUCUCAACUUGCACUGAUGGCAGUGGUAGCAAUGACAGUAUUCCUGCGAACUGAGAUGCACAAGGAUUCUGUGGAUAAUGGGGGAGUUUACACCGGUGCUCUUUUUUUCUCUAUAGUAAUGAUCUUGUUUAAUGGCAUGGCUGAUAUUUCUAUGACGGUAGCAAAGCUUCCUAUAUUUUACAAGCAAAGGGACCUUCUAUUUUACCCUGCAUGGGCAUAUGCUAUUCCCGGCUGGAUCCUGAAAAUACCUAUUACAUUGGCUGAAGUAGUUGUCUGGGUAUCUAUCACCUACUAUGUAAUUGGAUUUGACCCAAGUGUUGCUAGGUUUUUCAAACAAUAUCUUCUGUUGUUACUACUUGGCCAGAUGGCUUCUGCAUUGUUUCGUACAAUUGCGGCAAUUGGUAGGAAUAUGAUUAUUGCUAACACAUUUGGAUCAUUUGCAAUAGUCACACUUCUGACGUUGGGUGGUUUCAUAUUGUCAAGAGAGGAUGUUAAGAAAUGGUGGAUAUGGGGUUACUGGAUUUCACCUAUAAUGUAUGAGCAGAAUGCUAUGAUGGUCAAUGAGUUCCUCGGGCAGAGUUGGAGCCAUGUUCUUCCCAAUUCAACUGAAUCACUGGGAGUUGAGGUUCUUAAGUCCCGUGGGUUCUUCACACAUGCAUCCUGGUAUUGGAUAGGGGCUGGCGCAUUGCUUGGAUUUGUUGUUCUAUUGAACAUCACAUUCACUCUAGCUCUCACUUAUCUAAACCCACCUGAGAUGUCACGGGCUGUCAUCUUCAAAGAAUCUCAUGGCAAUAGGAAUAAAGACAGAACACUAGAUGAUAUUCGAUUAUCACUCAGAUUAACAGGGAAUGCCCCAAGUAGCAACCUAGAGAUAGGGAACUUAGAUGAUAAUGGGACAGAAAGUAUGUCUUCCAGGUCUGCAUCAGUGAGGCCAAAGGCUGCUGUUGAGUCAAGCCACAGAAGGAAAAGAGGAAUGGUUCUUCCAUUUGAACCACAUUCACUUACCUUUGAUGGAAUCACUUACUCAGUAGACAUGCCACAGGAAAUGAAGAAUCAGGGUGUAGUUGAGGACAGAUUGGUCCUUCUGAAGGGUGUUAGUGGUGCAUUUAGGCCAGGUGUUCUCACAGGUCUGAUGGGUGUGAGUGGAGCAGGUAAAACAACUUUGAUGGAUGUGUUGGCUGGAAGGAAAACUGGAGGGUACAUUGAGGGGAGCAUCACAAUUUCAGGGUACCCUAAAAAUCAAGAAACAUAUGCUCGAAUCUCUGGCUAUUGUGAGCAGAACGAUAUCCACUCUCCUCAUGUUACAAUCUAUGAAUCCUUGCUCUACUCAGCAUGGCUUCGUUUAUCGCCUGAAAUCAAUUCUGAAACCAGAAAGAUGUUCAUUGAGGAGGUCAUGGAGCUGGUGGAGUUGAACUUACUGGGGGAAGCUUUGGUUGGUUUACCUGGUGUGAGCGGUCUCUCCACCGAACAGCGCAAGAGACUAACUAUAGCAGUUGAGCUAGUGGCUAAUCCCUCCAUAAUAUUCAUGGAUGAGCCAAUAUCUGGGUUAGAUGCCAGAGCUGCUGCAAUAGUUAUGAGGACAGUCAGAAACAUAGUGGACACAGGAAGAACAAUUGUUUGUACCAUCCAUCAACCAAGCAUAGACAUAUUUGAAGCUUUUGAUGAGCUUUUCCUACUAAAGCGAGGAGGACGAGAAAUAUAUGUUGGGCCAUUGGGUCGCCAUUCUAACCACCUCAUUGAGUAUUUUGAGAGGAUUGAAGGGGUUGGUAAAAUCAAAGAUGGACAUAACCCAGCAGCUUGGAUGUUGGAAAUUACAACUCCGGCACGAGAAAUGGAUUUGAAUGUUGACUUUUCUGAUAUAUACAAAAAUUCAGUACUAUGUAGGAGGAACAAAGCACUUGUAGCAGAAUUGAGCAAGCCUGCUCCAGGUUCCAAGGAACUUCAUUUUCCUACACAAUAUGCACAACCAUUUUUCGUUCAAUGCAAGGCCUGCCUAUGGAAACAACAUUGGUCCUACUGGCGCAACCCUCCAUAUACUGCAGUGAGAUUUUUGUUCACUACAUUCGUAGCUUUGAUGUUUGGGACAAUGUUCUGGGACCUAGGAUCCAAAACAAGAAGGAAACAAGAUCUGUUCAAUGCUAUUGGUUCCAUGUACAAUGCCAUUCUCUUCCUUGGGAUCCAGAAUGCCUUUUCUGUGCAACCAGUGGUGGCCAUUGAACGAACAGUCUUUUAUAGAGAAAGAGCAGCUGGAAUGUAUUCAGCCAUCCCCUAUGCUCUUGCUCAGGUUGUAAUAGAGCUACCAUAUAUUUUUGUCCAAGCUGUAACAUAUGGCAUCAUAGUUUAUGCGAUGAUCGGAUUCGAAUGGACUGCUUCGAAAUUCUUUUGGUAUCUGUUCUUCAUGUACUUCACAUUUCUAUACUUUACCUUUUAUGGCAUGAUGACUGUGGCCGUAACACCAAACCAACACAUUGCUUCAAUUGUGGCUACUGCAUUCUAUGGAAUUUGGAAUCUGUUUUCGGGAUUUGUUGUGCCACGACCUAGCAUUCCUGUGUGGUGGAGAUGGUACUAUUGGGCAUGUCCUGUGGCUUGGAGCUUAUAUGGAUUGGUUGCAUCACAGUUUGGGGAUAUAACAAGUGCAGUUGAGUUAAAUGAGACUGUGAAAGAGUUUCUUAGAAGAUACUUUGGUUAUAGAGAUGAUUUUGUAGGAGUUGCUGCGUGUGUAGUUGUUGGGUUUGCAGUGCUAUUUGCUACUAUCUUUGCUUUUUCUCUAAAGGUCUUCAAUUUUGAAAGGCGAUAGAAUAGAAUAGAUGUGUUUCAAGUGAGCGCAUGUACAAGUUAAUAGUGUUAGCAGAAAAGAAAAAAAAAAUUACAUCAUGAAAUUAUUAAUGUUGGUUUGAAUUAGGGGAGGACCCCUUUGUAAGCAUGGAACACAAGGUGGCUUAGUAUGCUUCUCAGUUCGGACUUUAACAGUUUGUCCAACCAGGUUCAAUGUCCCUGAUAUAUCAAUAUAGGACAUUGACCCCAUCUUCUUAUUUAUAUAAAUACACUUGACAUUGUUAUUGUUAUCUAAUGCAAUACUAUACAGUGAAACUUCUUUUCA